AUGGCAUAUCUGAUCAUUACCUACUCCGAUUCCUUGGAGUUGACCGGAGACGAUGAUGAGACCAGGCUGUGGUCUCUAGAUGACGCGUCUAUUGCAAUGGCCAAUUCGAACUCCAUCUUGGCCGACCAGCUGAGUCCUGCCACCACCAGGCAAUACAGCCUCUCAGUGGGCCUCAGAACAGUUCUCGUGGCUUUCCGCGCAGACGAUGUCGCCGGGUUGGUAGUUGCCUGA